GUUUUAUUCAUCAGAAAAGCCUAGAAUCCUCUCAUUAUACUCAAAAGAAUAGUCUUAGAUUAAUAACUAAAAAACUAUAAAAAAAAUAACUAAAUACAUAAGAAAUUACCAGAUCAACCAGAUCAUACAAAUCACAUAGAUCACCUUAGGUCAUAUAAACAUGGAGAACCCCAAUUCUCCAUAGUUCCUCCAUGAUUGGGUUAGGGUGUCUCCACUCAUGAUUCCUUCAAUUGUUGCCUGAUACCGUUGUUUUCUUUUUAAUAUGGCGGAAAGUUACUCCGUGUUUAGCAAGUAUAAUGAGGCAGAAGAGAUGUACCGACAAACAUUGGAACUGAAGGAGCAGGUGCUGGGAAGAGAGCAUCCCUCCAUAUUAAAAAGUAAAGCAAAUCUAGAUGUUUGCUUAAAAGCUAAGAUGGAUAAGGGGUUAUCAUAGGUUUCAUCUAGGGACUGUACGGAUUUAUAUAAGGGAGCUUAUCAACCAAUAUAAGAUGUAUUGGUAAGGUAUUAAAUUUAUAGAUCUUAAUAUAUACUGG